AAGGAAAAAUAUCACACAAAAAGCGGGAACGAAAAAAAAAAAAAACAGAGCACAUUCAUUUCCAUUCUCCUCCGCCGCCUUAACAAAUAUCCAUCACUCAAACAACAUAUCACAGUUAGUUCGGGCUCUUCAACUCAACUCAAAAAAAAAAUAUGGAACAUAAAAGUAUAUUGAUAUCAGCUUUGAGUGUUGGUGUUGGAGUAGGAGUUGGAGUUGGAAUUGGAUUAGCGAAUUCUGGACAAAAUGUUUCUAAAUGGGGUCCUAAUUAUUCUUUCUCUUCUAAUGCUGUUACUGCUGAUAAAAUUGAACAUGAAAUGUUACGCCAAAUUGUUGAUGGCAGAGAAAGCAACGUUACUUUUGAUAAAUUCCCUUAUUAUCUAAGUGAGCAGACGCGGGUUUUGCUUACAAGUGCUGCAUAUGUUCAUUUAAAGCAUGCUGAAGUUUCUAAAUAUACGCGUAAUCUUGCUCCUGCUAGCAGAACUAUUCUUCUCUCUGGCCCUGCUGAACUUUACCAACAAGUGCUUGCCAAGGCUUUGGCUCAUUACUUUGAGGCCAAGUUGCUUCUCUUGGAUUUAACUGACUUUUCAUUGAAGAUUCAGGGUAAAUAUGGUACUGGCAACAAAGAAUUUUCUUUCAAAAGAUCCACUUCAGAAUCAACUUUGGAGAAGCUAUCUGACAUAUUUGGGUCAUUUUCAAUAUUUUCACAAAGGGAGGAACCUAAAGUUUCAGGAAAAAUGAACAGGCAAAGCAGUGGAAUGGAUCUACAAUCAAUGGGGGAUGAAGCAUCUUGUAAUCCUCCAAAGCUUCGCAGGAAUGCUUCUUCCACUUCAAAUAUUAGUGGCCUUACUUCGCAAAGCAAUCCUACAAAUCCAGCUCCUUUGAAGCGCACAGCCAGCUGGUCUUUUGAUGAAAAACUUCUUAUACAGUCUCUUUACAAGGUUCUACUUUCUGUGUCAAAAACUUAUCCCAUUGUGCUAUAUCUGAGGGAUGUUGAUAGGUUAUUAUCUAGAUCACAAAAGAUAUAUAACAUGUUCCAAAAAAUGUUGAAGAGACUCUCUGGACCGAUUCUGAUUCUUGGUUCGCGAGUUCUAGAUUCUGGUAAUGAAUUUGAAGAAUUGGAUGAGAAACUUACUGUGCUCUUCCCGUACGAUAUAGAAAUCAGACCUCCGGAAGAUGAAUCACAUCUCGUCAGCUGGAAGUCACAAUUGGAAGAGGAUAUGAAGAUGAUACAAGUUCAGGAUAAUAAAAAUCAUAUUACGGAAGUGCUUGCAGCCAAUGAUCUUGAUUGCGAUGACUUGGAUUCCAUCUGUGUGGAAGACACAAUGGUUCUCAGUAACUAUAUAGAAGAGAUUAUUGUGUCAGCAAUCUCUCAUCAUUUGAUGAAAAACAAAGACCUCGAAUACAGAAAUGGGAAGCUGAUUAUUUCUUGUAAUAGUUUGUCGCAUGCAUUGGGUAUAUUCCGAAAAGGGAAAUUCAGUGGAAGAGAUACAUCAAAGUUGGAGGAUCAAGCUCUAAAAUCUGAGAUUCCAAGCGUGGUGGAAACUGUUGCGAAACCAGCAGUUAAGGCGGAAAGUGCUGCCCCUGCCGACGGUGCUGCUCCAGUAAAAAAGGCUGAAGCAGAAAUAUCAACUUCAGUGGCAAAGGCAGGUGCUGAGAAACCGGUUGCAGCAUCAAAAGCUUCUGAAGUUCCUCCUGAUAAUGAAUUUGAGAAGCGAAUAAGGCCUGAAGUUAUACCAGCAAAUGAGAUUGAUGUCACAUUCUCUGAUAUUGGUGCCUUAGAAGAAACAAAAGAAUCACUUCAAGAACUAGUAAUGCUUCCUCUUCGAAGGCCAGACCUUUUCACUGGAGGACUUCUAAAACCAUGUCGGGGAAUAUUGCUAUUUGGGCCUCCUGGAACUGGGAAAACAAUGCUGGCGAAGGCCAUUGCAAAGGAAGCUGGAGCAAGUUUCAUUAAUGUGUCCAUGUCUACCAUCACUUCUAAAUGGUUUGGUGAAGAUGAGAAGAAUGUUCGCGCUUUAUUCACACUUGCAUCCAAAGUCUCCCCAACUAUUAUAUUUGUCGAUGAGGUUGAUAGCAUGCUUGGGCAACGAACAAGAGUUGGGGAGCAUGAAGCCAUGCGGAAAAUAAAGAAUGAAUUUAUGUCCCAUUGGGACGGGCUCACGACAAAACAAGGAGAGCGCAUCCUUGUUCUUGCAGCAACCAAUAGGCCAUUUGACUUGGAUGAAGCUAUUAUAAGGCGAUUUGAAAGGAGAAUUAUGGUAGGACUACCAUCUGUUGAGAACAGGGAAAAGAUUUUAAGGACUCUUUUGUCAAAAGAAAAGGUGGACAAAGAAAUUGAUUUUAAGGAACUUGCGACCAUGACAGACGGAUAUACCGGAAGUGAUUUAAAGAACUUGUGCACAACUGCUGCUUAUCGGCCAGUUAGAGAGUUGAUUCAGCAAGAGAGGUUAAAGGAUCUGGAUAAGAAACAGAAAGCUACCAAGGAACAAAACAAAAAUACUCAAGAAGCAAAGGAACAGAACAAAAAUAGUCAAGAAGCAAAAGAGGAUGAAGUUCCACAAGAAAGAGUUAUUACCCUUAGGCCAUUGAAUAUGCAGGAUUUCAAAGAGGCCAAGAAUCAGGUUGCUGCAAGCUUCUCUGCCGAGGGAGCUGGAAUGGGUGAGCUGACACAAUGGAAUGAGCUGUACGGAGAAGGUGGUUCUAGGAAGCAAAAGCAGUUGUCAUACUUCCUGUGAAAAAUUCAGAAGACAGAAUGUGCUCUUUUUCAAUGAAAUAGUGUAUGGAAAUCAUUUUCCUCUUAGGCAAUGAAGAAUUCACUAGUUAUUUGUGUCUAUAUUUUCCAAUGAUAACUUUGCUGUUUUGCCCAUUGCCACGGAUAUAAUUAGUUACAAGUGUAGUAUAUUUUUUCUAUAAAUGUUUGUUGUCAAUUUCAACAUGAUGUUUGUUUUAAAUCUUGUAAAAGUGUGUGAUUGUUGAUCAUUCUUAUAAUUUACAUCGUUAUCGUUUUGGUUAGCAGAACGAUUUGGAUGGAAUUGAUAAAAGGAAUGAAUGCACUCUCAAAUUUGUAUUGA